AUGGCCGCCGCGGUGUUGCACAACGAGCUUCCAAUCCUCGACGACGGUGAGGAGCCCGAGGUCAUCGAGGUUUCGCCAGAUGUCGAGGAGCUGGAUUUGACCCGUUGCCGUAUCAAGAAGAUCGAGGACUUCGACUUUUUGAAGAAGAUCAGCUUCUUUUGCCUGCGCUGGAAUUUGAUCAAGAAGAUCGAGGGGCUCAGCAAUUUGACCACGCUCACCAAGCUCGACCUCUAUGACAAUCAGAUCGAAAAGAUCGAGGGUCUGGAGACGCUUGUGAAUCUCGUCGAGCUCGACCUCUCUUUCAAUCGCAUCCAAAAGCUUGAAGGCCUCUCCACGCUGGUCAACCUGGAGACGCUCUUCCUGGUGCACAACAAGCUCGAAAAGAUUGAAGGGCUGGAAAACUGCAAGGCGCUGGAAUACCUGGAGCUGGGCGACAACCGCAUCAAGAAGAUCGAGAAUUUGGAGAACAACAUCAAUCUCCGCCGGCUGUUCCUAGGCGCCAACCAGAUUCGCAAGAUCGAGAACGUCGGCCAUCUGCUCUACCUGGACGUGCUGUCGCUGCCGGCCAAUAUUUUGACCAAGAUGGAGGGGCUCGACGAGCUGCCGCAUCUGAAGGAGCUCUACCUGGCGCAGAACGGAAUCCAGCGUAUCGAAGGGGUCGCCGGCCUUCGCGACUUGCAAAUCCUUGACCUCAACCACAACCGUCUCGAGGAGGCCCGCGGGUUCAGCCACCUCCAGAACCUCACCGAUUUUUGGGCCAAGCAAAAUAAGCUCCCCGACUGGUCGGUGGUCGACGAGGAAUUGGUGUUGCUCCCCAAGAUUGACCUCGUCUACUUGGAGAACAACCCAUUCUCCGAGAACGAGGACUACCGCCCGCGCGUGAUCCGUACUCUGCCCACGAUCACUCGUCUCGAUUCCGAUUUCUGUCGUGCUCCGAGCCAGAACAACGAGGAUGAGGAUGAGGCCGCCGCCGUC